AUGAGUGAAGAUCUAGCUGAGACACUGAAUGAAGAGGAACGUCGAAAGGAGCACGAAUUUCUGAAUGCCAUCGCUGAAAGCGAAGCUACACCGGUGUAUAGCAAUGAUGAGGAGAUGGCAAGAGAACUCCAGCGCCAGUUUGACCGUGAGUACGAACUCUCUAUGAUACUGGAACAGGAAAAGAAAGGAAAGGCAGCAGCUACUGUGACGGUAACCCCAGAUCGGUACUACCCUAAGACCGCCCAGUAUUCUGACGUUUCGAGUGAUGAUGAAGACGUCAGACAGUUCGCAACUGAUUUGCUCUACGCUAAGUUAACCGAUGACGUACCAUCCCAUAGCGGUCCGGUCUUCCGCAAUGCUGGAGGGGAUCUCGUCACCAAGCACGAUGCAAAUGUCUCAGCAAGACGAAAUGCCGAUAAAGCUAUGAAUGAUAAAGUCAACCUGGCAUUCGGUGACAUGAACCAGGAGCAAAUCAGUAGUCGUGUUUUCAAUUCUCUUCGUAAUUUCUCCAAAAGCGAGACAAAGCGCCUACAUAAGCUUAAAGACAAGGAGGAAAAAGCGACUAUCGAAACAUCUAUGGAUGCAGUAACACGAUUGCAUCUGUUCAAAUGGAUAAAUCAGGGGAUCUUUGAUAGCGUCGAAGGUAUUAUAGCUACGGGAAAGGAGAGUGCUGUCUUGAAUGCCAUCAACAACGAAAGUGGUGAGAGAUUUGCCAUCAAAGUUUUCAAAACCAGCUUGACCGAAUUCAAAAACAGGUCAGAAUAUGUGAAGGAUGACUUUCGAUUCAAAAACCCACGUGGAGUGCUGAAGAUCUGGGCUGAACGCGAGUUCAUGAAUCUUUCCAGAAUGGUGAAAUGCGGACUGCCUUGUCCAGUGCCAGUCAAACUGAAGCGCCAUCUCCUGCUGAUGUCACUGAUUGGUGAAAAUGGAGCCGCAGCACCGCGUCUGAAGAAUAUUGACUGGGAAUUUUCUACCAUUGAAGAACGAAAAGAUAUCUUCUCACAAGUCAUCGAUAUUAUGAACCGAAUGUAUAGAGACUGCAGACUUGUGCAUGGUGAUCUUAGCGAGUUCAAUUUGCUUUUAUCGGAGGGAAAGGUCUAUGUGAUUGAUGUCUCGCAAUCAAUGGAUUUAUCACAUCCAAGAAAUCUUCAUUUCCUUAUCAGGGAUAUCGAGAACGUCUUGGCAUUCUUUCAACGCCUUGACAUACCUGAAUUACCAACGCCUGUGGCGUUAUUUAAUAUGAUAACAGAUUUAUCGAUGAGCGAAGAGGGUUCGCUAAUUGUACAGGUGGAACAGUUCUCCGAAGAGAAUCGAGCCAACCAAGUAAACAAAUCCAAGCCGGCUGAUUUUGAAUGGGCCGCUUACAAUGCAGAAAGAAAGGAGUAUCGUGGUGAAUCACCUGCACGAGACUACAAUUGA